CUAAUGCUUUAACGCGUACACUUUACCAACUUUUUCGAGAAAAAAACGUGGCGGUGCAUUAGAGCAAGAAUCAUUUUAGCAAAAAAAACUCAAUCUUGAAAUCAUCUCCCAUCCAAGAUCACACCCUUUUCAGCUAAAAAAAUUCAAGAAUUUCCUAAAUCAAGAAUUGCUUUUUGGUAAUAAUGGAUCUGCCACCAGAGGAGCUUCAAUUCUUGACUAUACCUGAUAUUUUCAAAGAAUCAAUUUCCAUACCCAAAAGAUCCCCAAAAACUUUCUACCUUAUUACCCUUACAUUAGUAUUCCCUUUGUCUUUUGCAAUCUUGGCUCAUUCUUUGUUCACUCACCCCAUUAUUACUCAGCUUCAAGAAAACCCAAAUUCAUCUCAUGCCUCACAAUGGACCAAGCUCAUUGUUUUCCAGUUCUGUUACCUGCUUUUCUUGUUUGGUUUCUCUUUACUUUCAACUGCUGCUGUUGUUUUCACUGUGGCAUCAAUUUACACCUCAAAGCCUGUGUCUUUUUCCUCCACCUUAGCUGCUAUUCCCAGUGUUUUCAAGAGGCUUUUUAUUACUUUCAUUUGGGUUUCUCUUUCUAUGUUGGCUUAUAACACUGUUUUCUUGAUUUCUCUUGUGCUUUUGAUUGUGGCAGCAGAUACCCAGAAUGUGGUUUUGUUCCUCUUUUCAUUCUUGGUUGUGUUUGUGCUCUUCCUUGUAGUGCAUGUUUACAUCAGUGCCUUGUGGCAUUUGGCUAGUGUGGUGUCUGUUCUUGAGCCUGUCUAUGGUAUAGGAGCUAUGAAGAAGAGUUAUGAGUUGUUGAAAGGGAGGACAGGGAUGGCAUUUUUCCUUGUUUUCGGGUACUUGUCGAUUUGUGGGGUGAUUAAUGGGUUUUUUGGGACAAUUGUAGUGCAUGGAGGUGAAAGUUAUGGUGUGUUUUCAAGAAUUGUGGUUGGUGGAUUCUUGGUUGGAGUAUUGGUGAUUGUGAAUCUUGUGGGGCUUUUGGUACAAAGUGUGUUUUACUAUGUUUGCAAGAGUUAUCAUCAUCAGGGAAUAGACAAGACUGCUCUGUAUGAUCAUCUUGGGGGAUACCUUGGGGAGUAUGUGCCGUUGAAAAGCAGUGUUCAGAUGGAGAACAUGGAAACUGGUGCCUUGACACCGUGAUGGAGACUGUCAACAAUUGAUUGAUAUGCCAUUCAAGGAGCUUAAGUUUGAGAGCUAUAAUGAUAGGCCAUCCUGAUGCAAAGCUAAAGCAUCGUUAUGGAUGAAAAAAAUUGCAACCGCAGGAGAUUCGAAGGUGUAUAUCAAAAUCAACUUUGUCUCAACUCAAACUAGUUGGGGUCAGCCAUAUGUAUCCUCUUUAUUUCUAUUUGGGUGGACCCUCCUCUGUAAGCACGUUUCAGUUAAUUUAAUAUUUAAGAUUCAGCAUAUGACUAUUUUUACACUAUAGUUUGUGUUGGUAAGCAAGCUAGAACAACAUUUUUCCUUUAUCUGGGCUUGGGAUCAGACACACGAAGUCCAAUAUUAACCCAAAGCUAACGUGCUGUUCACUGAUAAUUGAAAUCCCAAUACGGGAGUCCCAUGUUGCCUGGAAGAGUUGAACUUGAGAUUCCUAUGUGAGGUUUGUAAGUGAAUUAAUUUCUGCACCCACUACUCUUUUGUGAUAGUGAAUGCAUUUGUCUUGCUUGGUAGUGCUUGACUAAUAAAUUACAAAGAUCUUUUCUUGCUUGUUUAGUGAAGUCAUUUGCGGAAGUGAGUGCUUGCUAUGGUAGAGCUUUUUAUUUUUAAUAACCGUGGGGUCUGGGCUGGCUUCUGCGCGCCUCGACUAAUUCCACGAGAUACUUGCUACCUCCCACCAACAACAGGUGUAACUCUGUCCACCAAGGCUUUUGCCUUCGCUGGAAUUCGAAAGGAAAUUGUCCAUGCCCAAGUAAAGAAAAAGUUCAUAAGAUCUCAAAAUGAUCUUCCAGCUCUAAUAGUUCUAUUUCCAUCGAGGAGUGAAUUGACUAAUCCAAUAGUUCCAUUUCCAUCGAGGAUUGAAUUGACUAAUCCUUUUAUUUCGAGCGGAGAAUCUAAUAGGAAUAUUGCUGUGGAUAUUUUGGCCAAAGAUAUACAUUCCUUAUCCUAAGCAUGCACAUUGAUGGACAGUUUGUGAAAAGAUAAUUAUCUGGCUUUGUUAGUACUUAGCUAUCAUGACUUAGCAUAUUGAGGCUACCAUUGGGCUCUGAGUUGUUUUCAGUUAACUAUCAGCUUGCACUCUAGUGACCACACGGUCCAAGUUUGAUGAGGAAUGUGAAAAUCUUAUAAUAGCACAUGGCUAGCGACGGGUAGCGCUUGCCAUAUGCAGCGUCACUCACAUUGGCUCGUGUAAAGGGAAGCUCUUCGAGCUUUCUUCGCAUGCUUGAGCGCAUCCCCUUUCUAUUAGUUAGGUUGUCAAAUUUUCUUUAGUUCCUAUAUGACUAUAAUAUAAAUAAUAGGGGGGUAUGGGGGCGCUAAUGAUCAAGAAAUCUAAAGGGCUAUAACCUUCUUAGGUCGGAUCUUCCAAUCUUUUCACAGAUCACUUAGCCCGCUCCUUUAAAGGGCAGCGGCAUGAAAUCUUACCUUAUUAUUAGAGAAUAAACUAUAUGCUUUGGGCACUUAUAUUGGUUUAACAAUGGCAACUUUUGGAUGUCCAGGCUCUAACAAUUGCUUUAGUCUGCAUAGAUGUUUCUCUUUGCAGCUCUUUUGGCUUUGGGUGUGCCUUGGGCUUUGCAAGUUAUUUCGGUUAACUGCAGUUGGCUUGCACUUAGUUUAGCUAAGUAGUCCAAGUCUGAUGAGGAACAUGAUACUGCUACAAUCCCUCAUGGCUUGUUAAAUAUGUGCCUUAAAUCAUUUAUCUUGGGCUACUAAUUGUAAGCUCUAGACAUGCAAGUUCUAGCAGUUGCUUUGAGUUGGAUUAGAUGUUUCUCUUCUUGGCUCCUUGGUCUUAUGGUGAAGUGCUAGCUGAGUAGACUGUUUGGAAUGCAUAUUUUGCUACUCAACUAAAGAUGCCUCAAUUGGAGCUACUUUUCUUUUGGUGACCCUAAUGUAUUCUUCGUGAUUAGAUGUUUGACAUUUCAC